CUGUUCCUAUCGUUCUCGACUAUGAAUAUAGAACAUACACGCUUCUACCGAACAUCACUUUCUCCAACAAAGCAGUGACAUAACAAUGUGGUUAACGUGGAGGGCUGCGCUUCUGCUCGUAACAUUAAUCUACAUCACCAGCGAAGGUGAUGCAAAUGAGUGCGCGCCUCGCAGUUUCGGCGAAAAUAGGAUCGUAUGUGUUUGCAACGCGACUUACUGCGAUGACACGCCAGAUAACGACCCAAAAGUUCUCGCGAACGGAACCGUUUACUGGUACGUGUCUAGCGAGGAAGGACUCAGGAUGCAAAUGUCAUCGGCACAUAUCGGUUCCUGUUCAGACUCGAACUCCGUGGUUCUCAACAUAAAUACCGCGGAGAAAUAUCAGACGAUCCUCGGGUAUGGCGCUGCUUUCACGGACUCGGCAGGAAUACAUAUUAGCAGUCUGAGUCAGCCUGUCCAGGAACAACUACUUCGGUCAUAUUUCGAUCGAAACGGAAGCAGGUACUCGUUAGCCCGGAUCCCAAUCGGUGGAACUGACUUUUCCACGAGACUUUACACCUACGAUGACGGAAAUGCCGACCCGACGUUGCAGAACUUCAGGCUUGCUCAGGAAGAUUACAAGUAUAAAAUACCAUAUGUGAAAAAGGCUGUCAAACUAAACCCCAAUGUGAAAAUAUUCAGUGCCGUGUGGUCACCUCCAGCUUGGAUGAAAACGAACGACCGUAUCAAUGGACCAGGCUUCCUGAAGACUGAAUAUUAUCAAGUUUAUGCCGACUACAUAGUGAAAUUCAUCCAAGAGUAUGAAAAGAACGGUCUUAUCGUCUGGGCAGUUUCAACAGGCAAUGAACCAGCGAAUGGUUUCGUACCUGGUCUGCCCAUUAACUCUUUGGGUUGGUCACCGUUUGCCGGGCGGAAAUGGAUCGCUAAUAAUUUGGGUCCAACUUUAGAGAAAUCCGUUUACAACGCAACACAAAUCCUUCUUGUGGAUGAUCAGAGACUCUACGUACCUUGGGUAGCAAAUAUAGUCUUUGAAAAUGAACAGGCGAAGAAAUACGUCAGUGGCAUAGCUGUACAUUGGUACGCAGAUUUUAUUGUUCCUCCAGCUGUGUUGGACGCAACACACGAUCUCCACCCAGAGAAAUUUAUUCUCAUGACCGAAGCAUGUAUAGGACUAGAAUUAUUCCAGCCGAGAGGUGUCGUUUUAGGAUUAUGGGAGAGAGGAGUGAAAUAUAUUUCAAGUAUAAUACAGUACAUGAAUCACUGGGGUGUCGGUUGGGUAGAUUGGAACAUUGUUCUGGACCAAUCAGGUGGACCAUCUUGGAAUAAAAAUUACGUCGAUGCUGCUAUCAUUGUAAAUGCAGAAAAGGAUGAAUUUUAUAAACAACCGAUGUAUUAUGCUAUGAAGCACUUCAGUAGGUUCGUCGAGCGAGGCUCCGUUAGAGUUUCUAUUUCCGAAGCUCUCAAUAUUGAAGCCACAGCCUUUGUCACACCCGCAAACGAAGUCGUUGUUGUUGCUUAUAACAAGAAUCCUCUGGCGACAGACGUUGUUCUAAAUGAUCCGAACAAAGGCCCUAUUUGCUUGAAAUUACCUGCGCAUUCCAUGAAUACUGUGAUUUAUGCGAAAUAACGUUUAAAACUCGCGUAAUAAAUACCAAAACGUGUAUUGGAAAUGAAAUAUAUCGCUCUAGAUGAAUUGUGCAUGGAAUAUAUAUAUUAUUGAUACAGAUAAAACGUGUCAA